AUGGACAUUAAAUUCGUAGGGUCAGGAGAUGCAGCAAAAGCGUUCUUGUACUAUGUUACUGAUUAUAUAACAAAGGCAUCUCUACCAGUUCAUGCAGGUAUGGCCGCGUUGUCGUAUGCUACGCCCAACAACAGCACAUUAGACGACGUAAGCAAUACCAACGAACAAGAAAACGAAGAGUCAGUUGAGUUAAAUAUGGGUGACAGAGACAUAACGGCGUCCAACCAACGACUGGACUAUUGUUUAAGACCAGCGAACGACAAAUUCAUAGAUUUGUGUUUGUAUGACUUUGUAGCAUGGGGUAUCAAACAACGGUAUACCAAAGAAAUGUUACACAUUGAAACAGCAGUACGUCCAGGAUCAUUCUUAAACGACGAGCACCCUGAGUAUUUCACCCAUUAUAUGACAAUCAGAAGAAAAAGUUGUAUACCAAUUAUACUAGGCCCUUCUAUUCCGAAUCCAUUGAAGUCUGAUCAACUAAAAGAUGACUGGGCAAGGGACAUGUUACUCCUCUUCAAACCGUGGAGGGAUAUAUCAGAUUUAAAGACCCCAUCAGAAACAUGGACAGACGCAUUUCAUAACUACGAGAUAUCAAUGAAACUAGAACACACGCGCAUCAUACAGAACAUGCAAGCUUUGACAGAAUGUAGCGAGGCCCGCGACGCACACAGGCAGCGCAGACGUGGAAAAACAUCCGAGGAUGUAGUGUCCGAUGAAGUACAGGAUAUAAUAUUAACAGACACGGAAGGUAAUACAGACACCCUCAACCCUAACGAUGUAUACUCUCCAGAUCCCUUCCAAUGCAUUGAAAACCCCAACGAAGACUUUACAACAAACUUACACGACUCCAUAGAUAACAUAGGAGAGGAAACUUCAAGAUUUCUAGACAUGUGUCUCCCACUGGAUACAACGGAAACUGCUGUGGACACGGAAUAUCAAAAAUCAGUUCCAGUAAACCAACAAACUCUAACAUCACAUGAAGUGGAUGAUCUGUUAGCAAGCCAUCGCGCCAUCAUGAAAUCAAAAAGAAAACGUGCAAUGCUACAUGAACCCGACACAGACGACAUAACUACGCCACCCAAACGAUAUCGCAAUGGGAACUAUGCACCUAUUGCCAAGCAAGCUAUACUCCAGGAUUUGUAUGAUUUAAGUCAUAAUUACAAUUCAAUAACAGACACUGACACCAUGAACAACAUCGCAGAAGAAAUGGGACUUUUAAAUAACCCAGAACAGCUAAAGGCGUUCCGAAUCAUCGGUAACCAUAUCAUAACCGACAACAAGGAACAGUUGCUGAUUCAUAUUGCAGGCGUUGGCGGUACAGACGAGACCUCAAUGAUAAGCGCAAAAUUCCUCAGUGAAAUCUCUAUCAGAAUUAGGCAAGGGAAAGGAGAUGACGUCGUUAACAGCAAUAAACCAUUCGGAGGAAUUAAUGUAAUAUUUAUGGGCGACUGCGCACAACUAAAACCCCCUCUACAAAAGCCAUUAUAUGCAAAUGAAUUGGUGAAGAACCCGUCUUUUGCAGAAGCUCGGAACGUGUCAGGACCAUCACAACUAAAUGGCGCAUUUCUAUGGAGACAAGUAAAAACAGUGAUACAACUAGUCAAAAACGAAAGACACGCAAGAGACAUAAAACUUAUCCAGAAACAGGCUUCUAAUCCAAAAACACUAGCAUUGUUCAGAGAUGCACCUAUCAUUGUAGGCAACAAGGCCGUACGAGACAUCCUGAAUGCCAAGCUAAUCAAGUACCAUUCAACAAAAGCAAAUAUAUCACCACAUAUAUACUAUUCACGAGAUGAGAGACACAAAAAAAGGAUUACAGGUGAGUUCCAACAGAUAUUAUGGAGACUACCUUCAACAAAAACAAACGACGCCCUUGGAAAACUACCUCUUUUCAUUGGAAUGAAAGUAAUGAUAACAGAAAACAUUGCAUUCGAUGAUAAAAUAGUCAAUGGCACUGAGGGUAUAGUCACAGACAUAAAAUAUGAAGUGGACGAGAAAUACCGUCGAUACUGCAAAGCUGUGUAUGUACACGUCAAAGGUUGUGGAAUACAAGUAGACGGGCUAGAAAAAGAUGUUGUUCCAAUUUUCCCUUCUUCGACUUCAAUAGAUGUUAAAUACCAAAAGCAUAUCAAAUUGUUUGACAGCUUUACACGGAAACAAGUCCCACUAAUACCAGCGUAUGCGUACACAGACUAUAAAGGACAAGGUCGCACACUUGAUAGGGGGGCACCUUCUGCUUAUGCCAACCACUAUUCUGUCGUUACCUCCAGAAACCAUAUACGAGAUAGGUCUGCAGUUGAAGCAUUGGUUCUUGCUAAGCUUUUCAUUGACAUCAACACGGUGUCCUUUGAAAAGACAUAUCAUCAGCUCUCAUCGAUUGCUUCACAGCCGACAAGAAUAGUCAAGCAUGCACGAGACGUGAUAAUCUACAACUCGUACUAUGGCGUAUCUACCGGCUUAGACGAAGAGAACCGGUUUACUGUCUUGUUUCCUACUGUUAUGUCGUUGCUGUCAAACGUUCGUUCCCUCUCAUGGUACACCUGUCCUGGCGAUUCCAAGUCGAGUGUCGAGGCCAUUAUGGACCAAAUAGGCCUCAACCCUCGUAUCGAAGCUUCCUUUGAUUGCAGUGGCGGGUGUUCGGCUUUUUUCCCCGCUCAACUGGGUUUGAUUGGAGGAAGACACUCUUUACGUCUUACGAACAUCUUCUUGACGGGUCACCAUGCUGCUGCAGUUGCGUCUGCGGUGGAAAAGGUCGUGUCGCAAAGUCCGGCUAUGACCUACUUGGAUAUCGAUUCGGGAUACUACGCCGCCACGGUGGCAGCGCCGUCUCUCCACGACAUCCUUCCUAAAGAUACAACUAUUCCACCACUUCCCCUUGAAAGUCUCCGUCUGCGUUGUAUGAGAACCCUGUUGGAUGCUGAAACUCUAUAUCACCUGCGCUCACUGAAAUCCCUAUCGAUUCAUUUCAAUCUUACGACGUCGACUCAUGGCUCUCACCUUUUUCAGAUCUGGGAAACUUUGAAGAAUGAGUCCAUCUAUCUGACCAAAAUAGACGUGAACCUCACUGAAGUUGAUGAUUCGUUGCUCGACUAUCUGGUUUCAUAUGAUGGGAUUGAACAGAUCAUAUUCGAUAACAGCGCGAGGUUGUGGAGCCACUCUGAUGAGUCCGUCGCCAAUAGAUUCUUUGAUGAAGUACUUCCCAAAGUUGCCCGUACCUUGAAAGUUUUGAAUUUGGUGACGAUAUCUCUUGGAGCGUGGUGUUUUGGCAGGCAUAAUGCAGGAGCGAUUUCGCAAUGCAAACAUCUCGAAGAGCUUACAGUCUCGAUUGUUGAUAUCGUUCAGAACCAUAGCAAAGGCACUUUGGAUUUACUUGCCCAAACUGUUGCACAACUUCCAAAAUUACAGAUUUUGGAUAAGAAGAACGUUUCGUUCGUACCUCAAAUAGGAUAUCUGAGGGACUUCGUGCGGGAACCCUAA